AGACGCACAGUUAAACAGCAUCGCCUGCAUUUCCAGUCCACACAGCCGCAGAAAACCCGCGUGAAACGCAGCGAUGGAGCGGCCGGAGAGCUUGGAGAAGAUGAAGCAGCUCUGCAGGAGAAUACAAGACGCCUUCAGAGAGCUCCAGGAAGAUCUGACGCCCUACAAAACCGAGCGCUUCUACAGGUUGGCCCCCAUGCGUCUCUACACUCUCUCUAAGAGGCACUUCGUUCUGGUGUUCGUGGUUUUCUUCUUCUGCUUCGGCGUCUCCACACUCAUCGGUGUGUCAGGACCCAAGAUCAUUAGUGAGAAUUACUACAACGGUUUGAGUGUCAGCACCAAUGCAUCAAAGAGCGGCCCGUUUGACCUCCACUCUCCACCGCUGUCCAACUACAACCAGCAGCUGUGGCUGACCUGCAUCAUCCAACUGUACAGCAGCAAUUUGAGCUGGGAAGAGCUGGGGAUGAACGUGGAGCUGCAGGGUGUGAUGCAGGACGCUAGCGUAAUGCGCAUCAGCAACAACGUUCACAACAAGAACCGAAGCCUGCGCUGCGCCGCCCAUCAGCAGGCGUGUGACGAGAUCAUCGUGCUGCAUCUGGGAUAUCUGAACUACACUCAGUACAAGAUCAACGUCAGCUUCAGGAACCUGCAGGACGGCCUGAAGGACAAAAUCAAAAAUGUGACUUUUGUGUUUAAGAUGUACAGCGCCACGUUCUCUCAGGUGGAGAUCUGGUUCCGCUUCGUGUUUGUGGUGAUGACCUUCAUCGUGACCUGUGUGUUCGCUCACUCCUUACGCAAGUUCUCCAUGAGGGACUGGGGCAUCGAGCAGAAGUGGAUGUCUGUUCUUCUUCCUCUGCUGCUGCUGUAUAACGAUCCGUUCUUCCCACUGUCGUUCCUGGUGAACAGCUGGUUUCCGGGAACUCUGGACGCUUUCUUCCAAGCUCUGUUCCUGUGUGCGCUGCUGCUCUUCUGGCUGUGUGUGUAUCACGGCAUCCGAGUGCAGGGAGACCGGAGGUUCCUGACCUUCUACCUGCCCAAGCUGCUGAUCGUGGGGCUGCUGUGGCUCUCGGCCGUCACGCUGGGAAUCUGGCAAACGGUGAAUGAGCUGCAGGAUCCCACGUAUCAGUACAACGUGGACAUCCAGAACUUCCAGGGCAUGAAGGUCUUCUUCCUGCUGCUGGUGGCUGUGUAUGUGCUGUAUCUGGUGUUUCUGGUGCUGUGUGCCUGCUCCGAGCUCAAGAACACACCCUACACAGACUCACGGCUCUCUUUUUGUGUUGUCAUUUCCUCUUCCUGUUUCCUCAGUGUGGUUAUUCUGUACCUGAGAUUCGGCUCCAAGGCUUUGCAAGACAACUUUGUUUCCGAACUUUCCACUCACUACCAGACCGCGGAGUUUCUGUCCUUCUACGGUCUGCUGAACUUCUAUCUCUACACGCUAGCGUUCGUCUACUCGCCCUCCACAAGCGCUCUGUACGACUCGCAGCUGAAGGACAACCCUGCCUUCUCCAUGCUCAACGACUCGGACGAUGACGUCAUUUACGGGAGCGAUUAUGAGGAAACGCCUCUCCAGAACGGCCGCGCCAUCAAAGCCAGCGCCAAAUACCAGGAUGAGAGCGGGAGCGACUGAAAGCGGAGUGACUCCGGAUCGCGGGUGCACACCGAACACAUGUAUAUAGACUAACACAGUGUGUAAAUAUACGAGCCGAUGUAUUUUUAAAGCUACAGUGUUGUGUUUCUGAAGUCAUUACACCUGAUCUCAGAUCAGUGCUCCAACACUGCUGGGCUCAGUGGCGUGUUUCACCUCCAAAUUAAAAGGGGAAAAAUCAAUAGUCUAUAUUUUCAUUUGCAUUUGAGAUAAUUAAGCACAUUUAACCCUGAGAUAAUGAAAAUCAUCCUGAUACGCUCAAUUCAUUAACACUAAUAAUACCUUGAUGUAAGGUGUGCUUUUAUACACAAGUAUAAACAUAUUAAAAAGGUGUUCAUUUUCAAUUAAUAUGAAAUACUUCUAUAAAUAAAGUUAGAUUUUUGUUUGCAGUGCAGUAAUAACUGUUUAGGGUAAAUGUGCUUAAUUUUCAUUUAAACAAAAUUUAAUUAAGGGUCUCAAAAUAUUUAAUUCUUUUGGUUUUUGAGUGAUUCAUAUUGUGUAUUUCUAGAUGGUGUUUAUGUGAUUGGCCCAGUUGUUUCUCAUCGAUCAGACUCUGUUAAUAAGGUGUGAGGAAGCUGCUUAUGUGCAUGUAUUUCUGUUGAUUUCUGGCUGGUUUGAGUUGUUUCUGGAGAUGCUGUGUGAGUGCUUAUGGAUGAGAAUAUUGAGCCUCGUGUUUCUUUGCCUUCACUGGAUGUCGUUUAUCGAUUUUCAAGAAGCCUUCUUUUCUCACAUUCCUGGUUUAUUGUGCUUCUCUCUUGUUUUUGUGUAUUUCUGAUGAUUAUUUUGUGGGUCUGAAUCACUUCCAGGGUCCCGCUGAGGACCGAAGCGCUUGUUUUUGUUUUGUAAGCUCUGUUGCUUCACUGCGUUGUCUUCUGAACUGAGCUGUGAGGACAGGACUCUAGAGCGGUGCUGUUUUACGCAUUUCUAUUGACUUGUUUGUUUGAUUGAGUGGUUUAUCUGUCCGAUGUGUCGCUGGGCUUUAUGAAGUGUCCCAGAAGCACUGUGUGAUGACUGUGCCUUUCCACGUGAACAUGAGAUCAUUCCUGAAGCCGCUGAGCUCGGUCCAGACGAGGAGCUCUCCUUCACUCGCACUGCUGUGACGUCUGAGCAAAUGUGGAAUAAACUCUUCAGACGGU